GCCCCGUAGCAUAUCAACAUACACAUUCAUUGAUUGUGUAUUGUAAACGUAUUGAGAUUUAUCGGCCCAACCUCGCCAAGUGUCAUACUGCGAACAUGUAUAACUUCACCUUUCAAGCUGGGAGCCGAACCGUGACAACAUUUGAAAUGGUUUGCAGUUUUGUAAACGAGGUUUCAAUGUUUAUAUAAUCGUCGUAUAUAUUCCAUUGAAAUAGUUUUACACGCAAAGGAUUAGCGGUGAAAUCACGCAAGUCGGGUGGCUACCUGAUGUAAUAAAAAUUUAGAACGGGAUAGUUGAGAACGCAACCUGUGUGUUGGAAAGGGAUUGUUUUUAAUGGUGGGAUAAACUGAACUCCUCAAAUUGAUUCAGCAGUAAACAGAAAAAGACCUAACACAAAGACAGCCCGCACUGUAAAGUAAUUCCUGCUGCCAUGGAAACCGAAGAGGCUAUCGAGAGAAAGGUACACCACCUGGGCACGUUCAUAUCCGAGCGCGUGGACAGCAACCAGAUGCAGCACAUCCUGAACAACAUCAGCACAUCUAAGGGUACAAAGGUGACGCUGCAGUUGUCUCGCAGUGGCCUGCGCUACAUUAAGAACUCCGCCAUCCAUGGAUCGAAGCUCGUGGACGCCAUUCGAAUGCAGAACCUGCAGUUCUUCACGCUGCACAAAGAAUCGUCAAACGUGCUGUUCGUCGUCGCAGUCGGUAACACGCAGGAUCCCAGCAAGCAGUACCAGAUCAGCGUCUUCCGUUGUAAGGAUGCCAUGGACGCCAGCUUGUUUGCCACAGCCUUUCGGCGACUGAGCGCCGCCAUCCGCCAGUCGGUGACCGUCGUACGCAGUAAGCCGACGAAAGUCGUUACUAGCGAGGAAAUCAACUGGACCUUACGCGGUAAGGAAGCCGACAACUCCAAGCGUGAAUUGAGGAAAAUGCUGAAUAUAGACGGUGGUGGCGGCGAAACCCAGCAGGUGACCACCACUCUUGUGAAUGGGAAACACGCAGACAUAAAUGGACAUUCCGAGGUAUACGAACACGGCGUGCGAAUUCCACUGUACAAGAAAGGUCGACCGUCAAGAUCCGAAAGAGAAUCUUUCGAUGCGGAUUUUUCCGACAACAGAUCCGAAGUUUCUGAGGGCGCUCUUCGUCUCGAGCUUGAGUCUCUCUCGCAGGAAUUGCGUGAUAUUAAAUCAAUGCUCGAGAAAUCGACAGGCAUGACGACAGCAUCUGAAGCCGGAAGCCCGCGCGGUUUCAAACCAGUCGCCGUUGAAGUGCAUAGCCAUCCAGUGAAGCCAACUGUCGUUGUUGAGAGAAGGUAUCAUGAUGAUACAGUUGAUACCGUGUUCAUUGAUAACGAGGAGGUUCAGCUACGCCCGAAGACAAACGGAUACACAGUCACCACAGAAGGAUCAACCACGCAUGUGCGUGUGUCCGUACCAGAUUACCGAAGCGUGAGCGAGCGGGUAGCAGUUUCACCCGUCACAACAUCUACACCUUACCCGACGCAUGACACAACCGACUACGCGGUCGUAAAGAAAACGCGUCCUUUGACAACUUCAUAUGAGAGCUGGAAAAAGAGCACAAUGGAGCGAAACGCCGGCAGACAGUUUCAUGAUUACCAGGAUCGCAUUGAGUGGAAGUCCAGAUCCAGCCGCGCAAGUCACGUGGUAUCUGCGCCACGACCGCGCUCCGCUCUGCCUACAUGGUCAGUCGAUGGAGUGGACAGCGCAAGAGUGGUCGAGGUGCGUCAUCAUCAAGCUGGUGUUGGGCCCACAUACGGUCACUUGACCUACAAUCCGCACGUCAAAGGUGUGAGCGAGCGUAAAAGCCAGUCGGUACGCGUGAAAGGUAUGCCCACGACGGUCAUCAAACCGAUUGAAAAGGUGUAUACCGGGCGGAGGGACGCCAAGCACCAUAGCCUAAUCUACCGGCCAACCAGCGCCAGUCUGAGACCCUCGAUUCUCGUGUAUGACGACACGAACGGACUCGAUAGCGCAAGAAUGUCGUACAUUGAACCAAAUAACAAUCUUGUAAAACCAGACGACAAUGACGACCAUCUUUUGGAUGUUAGUGGAAUAGACUUGUACAGCGAGACACCACGUGAAACAGUGAAAACGUGACGUUAUCAUGCGCAUGCGCUUUGAACGCUCCAGUGAUGAUAUUAAUGUACAUGUACAGCGUAGCGAAAAUGUUAUUAAAUAUGGAUAGAAAACGCAUUUUAAAAUGUUUGCAGAUGUUACACACUAACAGACCCAUUCAAAACAAAUUUGUAUUCAACAACAAGUGAAUAUGCUACCAUGCCGCAAAUGGUGAAUAUUUCUCCGGCUUGCUUUUUGUGUAUGUUUGUAAGUGUGCUAGACGGUCACUAUACCUGUUUAAUUUUGAACAUUGCAUAAUGCAGAAAAUAUAUACAUUUUUAGCGUUCGGAACAAUGGCGCUUAAUACUUGAACCUUAUUAUGCGUUGUAAUAACAUUUCAAACAGGACAUUCCAGAAGAAUUGAGUUCUCUGUGUGCAUUGACACAAUUUAAAAGUGACGUGUAUAGCCGAACGAAUCCGGUUUUGUUAUCCCAGAGAUAAUGAGGCAUCAUCAGAAGGUUUGGCACGUGACUUACUUCUGCAGGAAACGGAUAUCCUUUGUCGCUUUAGAAUUAGUGAACAAUUUGUAUGAACCCGUAUUAAUAAUUUAUGCAUAAUUUGGGGUAAAUCAUCCAGUAACAUCUUCAAGGAUACAUAUCAAGUAUAUGCUUUUAUUCAUUUUAUCAUAUUUACAAACAUUAAUGUACUCUGUAAAGCAUGAAGAUUAAUAAAUAAUUAUGAAGUUUUAUCAUUAUGACGAAAACGAAAUAUUUGUUUGACUGAGCUAUUUUGGAAUAUUGAAAUACUAGUAUAUGUAUCAACAUGUAGAUAUAUACAGCUUUCCAUAAUGUAGGAUUAUAAUAUUUUUUUGGCGAGUGCAGCAAUAGUGAAGCCCAGAUCUAUGUCGUAUACAAGCCUGUUACUGAUGAGUCACUGUUGUUUUACGCUUACUAAAUAUCUCGUGUGAACUCGCGCAUUUUAAUUGCCUAUAUGUCACGCUCAACUGUUAUUCAACAUUCAGUAUACAUGACCACUCUUAAAACAUAACGUUUAUAUCAUUUCCAUAUUCGCAAGGUUAGGCCACGGUAGAUGUCUUGUAUUUAUAAAUAGUUUGUCUGUAAUAUGUAUCGUACAUUCUUGCACUUUUGGAUAUAAACUUGCAUUUUCUGGUCCGCAGCAAUUACGAAGAGGUAAAUAAUAGAUUCGCCGUGAAUAUAAUCGACAUUAAAUCGUGUUGGUUUAAUGAGAUGUAUGUCAAAUUGCUAAAACAAAUUUCGCCUACUUAAGCCAUUUAAAAACGGAUUCUCUACUCUUUUUAUUUACAAUAUAGUUUUCGCAUUUUAUUUUCGCGGACUAAAUUAGUCCAUAUAAGUUAUGAUGUUAAGAUAUUCCUUACACAGCUUUGUAAAUAGCGUCCAUGGAUAUUCCAUUUGUUAUCAGCUUAUUUCCCUACUUAAGCCCGGGCAAAGGGAUUAAACACAAAUAACCCUGCAUUGUCCACAUUGAAAAGUUUCAUCUCCGGCUAAAUACUUUGUGUUUUGACUAGAAAAAUACGAGAUGCACUCCAUGGAUGAUCCGCGAAAAUGGGUCUUUUAUUAUUUGCGCCAUUACGCCGGCUUGUCUACAUUCACGCUGGUCGUAAAUGGCAUAAGGUCCAUUUUCGCACGACGCGGGUCUCUUUAUGGAACCAGGAAACCGUUGUUUGCUUUUGUAUCAAUAUUGAAUAAAAAUCCAUGAUCAUUUAAAAAAAAAUGAAGCUUAUGACAAACACAAAACAAGCAUAUGAAAAGUGCACAGCCGAAAUAAGCUUCUUUUGUGAACUAGAAUGCGUCCUGACUCAAUAUUGUAAAUUGUUAGUUUUGAUGUUUUGUUUUAUUUCUUCUUUGUUAAAAAGUUAUUUUUGCAAAUGUUAUAUAUAAUUGGGGAGCUAGCUGUCUGGUGGAUGCAUGCUAGUUUUAUUUUGGCAUAAUGCAAAUAUAUUAUUAUUAACUCAUUUAUGCCUAGUGGACUCUCCCAUCCUUCUAUAUUUGCUCAAUUUAUUUCCAAAAUUAGUGAUGUCUUGUAUAUUUAUAUCUAUAUUUAGAAUAUUUCUUACAGAAAAUUCCUUAAAGCAAACAGCGCAGACCCUUGGUCUGCGCUGUUUGCCUUAGACUUUUUUCUAGACGCUAGGCAUAAAUGGGUUAAUUAUAUUGUUGUUUUGCCGGAGACAAAAACUCUGGUAAAUUUCUAAGCGAUUUGUUCACGAAACAUGCACUGUAAGACGCUUAGGAUAUUGCUUUAUUUGGCAUGUGUUUACUGUAUGUACAUAACCCACCAUGUGUUUACUGUAUGUACAUAACCCACCAUGUGUUUACUGUAUGUACAUAACCCACCAUGUGUUUCCUGUAUGUACAUAACCCACCUCUGCAUAGACUGAUAUUAAGCUAUAUACUCGGUCAGUGAAAUCGUUCUAUAUUAAAUAUACAUCAUCUGUACUUGUUAGUAUAUAUGCAUCAUAAUCAAAUAAACAUUAUUUUGCCGUUAA